AAUCAGUGGUUAAUAAUAUUAUCAAUCAGUUGGUCCUUUAAAUACACAUUAUAUACAAUACGGACAAUAAAAAUGAGAAAAUCUUUUACAUAAGUAUUAGUCCAUAGAUUGCAUUGCAGUCGUCAUUCAAGUCGUCGCUGUGUUUAUACUUUGCUAAAGACUUUCAAUGUUUUCAUUUCGUUUUGUUUUGACUUUCAUCUGAUUGUAAUCAUUAAAUGUUUUAAAAAUCAGAUCCAAUGAUGAACUCUUUAGCCAACGUCCCACAUCCCGGAGCUCUUGUAAGCAAAAAGAAAAAGGCAUUCAUAGGAUUGCCGGCACCGUUGGGUUAUGUGGCCGGUGCUGGUCGUGGAGCCACCGGUUUUACCACUCGAAGCGAUAUCGGUCCGGCACGUGAUGCCAGUGAUGUUCCCGAUGAUAGACACGCGCCUACUAAGGCUCAGAUCGUCAAAAAGUCUAAAAAAGGUGACGAAGAAGAAGACGAAGAGGAAGACUUAAAUGAUUCAAAUUAUGACGAAUUCAAUGGUUACGGCGGAAGUCUUUUUAGUAAAGAUCCGUAUGAUAAGGAUGAUGAAGAAGCGGAUCAAAUUUAUGAGUCAAUUGAUAAACGAAUGGAUGAGAAGCGCAAAGAGUAUCGCGAAAACAAAUUGAGGCGAGAAUUGGAAAGAUAUCGUCAGGAAAGACCUAAAAUACAACAACAGUUUUCCGAUCUUAAAAGAGAUCUCAAUGCUGUCUCUGAAGAUGAAUGGCUAAAUAUUCCAGAAGUGGGCGACUCUAGGAAUAAGAAGAUGAGAAACCCGAGAGCAGAAAAGUUUACUCCGGUUCCCGAUUCCAUUCUGGCCCACAACUCAGCGAUGGCCAGUGGAGAGACUGUUGUAUCAAUUGAUCCCCGAACUGGUCUUAAAACUCCAUUUACAGGCGGAACGUCCACUGGUUUGAUGACUCCGGGAGGUUUUUUGACGCCUGGAAAUCUAGAUCUUCGCAAAAUUGGUCAGGCGAGAAAUACAUUGAUGGACAUCAAGUUGAAUCAGGCAUCAGAUUCUGUUAAUGGACAGACUGUUGUUGACCCGAAAGGUUAUUUAACAGACUUGCAGUCCAUGAUUCCGGCUCACGGAGCAGAUAUCAGUGAUAUUAAAAAGGCUCGUUUGCUUCUGAAAUCGGUUCGCGAAACGAAUCCCAAUCAUUCUCCCGCAUGGAUUGCUUCAGCACGACUUGAAGAAGUUACCGGAAAAUUACAAACGGCUCGUAAUCUUGUGAUGAAAGGCUGCGAAAUGUGUCCGAAUUCAGAGGAUGUCUGGUUAGAGGCGGCACGACUUCAACCGCAAGACUUAGCGAAAUCAGUUAUAGCACAGGCUGUCCGUCAGAUUCCAUCAUCAGUUCGCUUAUGGAUCAAAGCCUCAGAAUUAGAACAAGAAAUAAAAGCAAAGAAACGAAUUUUCCGAAAAGCUUUGGAACACAUUCCCAAUUCUGUUCGAUUGUGGAAAGAGGCCGUUGAGCUGGAAGAACCAGAAGAUGCACGUAUUCUGUUGAGUCGAGCCGUCGAGUGUUGUCCAACAAGUGUCGAGUUAUGGCUGGCUUUGGCAAGACUUGAAACUUAUGAAAAUGCUCGAAGAGUACUAAACAAAGCCCGAGAAAAUAUUCCAACAGAUCGACAAAUUUGGAUAACAGCUGCAAAACUGGAAGAAGCUCAGGGAAACAUUAUUAUGGUUCAAAAAAUUAUCGACAGAGCUAUCUCUUCACUCGCCACUAAUGGUGUUGAAAUAAAUCGCGAACAAUGGCUUAAAGAUGCGAUGGAAACUGAAAAAUCAGGUUCAGUAUUGACCUGUCAGGCCAUUGUUGGUGCUGUUAUUGGUUAUGGUAUCGAUGAUGAGGACCGUAAGCACACUUGGCUCGAUGACGCCGAAAAUUUUGCUAAUCAGGAGGCAUAUGAGUGCUCCCGAGCUGUCUAUGGUAUCGCUAUUAAGGCAUUUCCUAAUAAGAAGUCUGUUUGGUUAAGGGCUGCAUAUUUUGAGAAAAAUCACGGAACAUAUCAAAGUUUAAGACAAUUAUUACAAUCAGCCGUUCAAAGCUGUCCACAAGCAGAAGUCUUAUGGCUUAUGGGAGCUAAGUCUGAAUGGUUGGCCGGUAAUGUCAACUCUGCUCGAGAAAUACUAGCGCUUGCAUUCAAAGCCAAUCCAAACAGUGAAGAGAUUUGGUUGGCGGCCGUUAAGCUUGAAUCAGAAAAUGAAGAAUACAAUAGAGCGAAGAAACUAUUAGAAAAGGCAAGACAAAGUGCACCCACUGCUCGUGUCCUCAUGAAGUCUGUUAAACUUGAGUGGCAAUUGGGAAAUAUAGAAUCCGCCAAAAAACUUCUUGUAUCAGGUCUUCAAGAUUAUCCAAAUUAUCCUAAACUUUGGAUGAUGUCCGGACAAAUUGCUGAACAAGAGAAUCGAAUAGAUGACGCCAAAGAAGCUUAUAAUAAUGGUAUCAAAAAUAAUCAGACAUCUGUUCCUCUAUGGAUACUAUUGGCCCGAUUGGAGGCCAAAUCACGACUCGAAAAGGCUCGGUCUGUAUUAGAGAGGGCUCGGCUACGAAAUCCCAAGUGUCAAGAGUUAUGGAUUGAAUCGAUUCGUAUUGAGAGAAAUGUUAAUAAGGAAGCGGCUAUUCCUAUGAUGGCUAAAGCACUUCAAGAAUGUCCACAAAGUGGUCUUCUGUGGUCUGAAGCAAUAUUUAUGGAGAAUCGGCCGCAAAGGAAAAGCAAAAGUGUAGACGCAUUGAAACGUUGUGAACACGACCCACACGUUUUGCUUACCUGUUCUUUACUAUUUUGGACCGAAAGAAAACUAAACAAAGCGCGACAAUGGUUUACCAGAACACUUAAAUUAGAUCCAGAUUUAGGCGAUUCUUGGGCUUACGCUUACAAGUUUGAACUUCUUCACGGAACUAAGGAACAACAGGAAGAGCUCAAGAAGCGAUGUGUGGCAGCAGAGCCCAGACAUGGAGACAACUGGUGUAAGGUUUCCAAAAAUAUCUACAACUGGAGGCUUAAAAUCGAUGAAAUAUUAGAGCAAACGGCACACAACUUACCGAUUCCCACAUAAAUUGCUAUCAUUUAACACUAAAUUAUCACACAUU